CAGGGUUUCGGUCUGCGGUGCUGAACAAGUGCUGGGCCAGCGGCGGGUCAGUGCACGCCGGCCUGCGCGCGCAGAGGCUUCGGGUUCCCCAGGCCAAGGCGCCGGCGGCCGCGCGAGGCGGGUGAGGUGGGCAGAGGGAGGUUCGCUGGGCGCGCUGUGCGCGGAGCAGGCGUGAGGCGGCCGGGGGCCGGGACGCCAUGUCCAUGGAGGACCCCUUCUUUGUGGUGAAAGGAGAGGUACAGAAGGCAGUCAACACUGCACAGGGAUUGUUUCAGAGAUGGACAGAGCUCCUCCAGGACCCAUCCACAGCCACGAGGGAAGAAAUCGACUGGACCACCAACGAGCUGAGAAACAACCUCCGGAGCAUAGAGUGGGAUCUAGAGGACCUUGACGAAACCAUCAGCAUAGUCGAAGCAAAUCCUAGGAAAUUCAACCUCGAUGCAACCGAAUUGAGUAUAAGAAAAGCUUUCAUCACAAGUACUCGGCAAGUCGUCAGGGACAUGAAGGAUCAGAUGUCAACUUCAUCUGUGCAGGCAUUAGCUGAAAGGAAAAAUAGACAGGCCCUGCUAGGAGACAGCGGCGGACAGAACUGGAGCACUGGAACGAUGGAUAAAUACGGGCGCCUUGACCGGGAGCUCCAGUUGGCCAACUCCCAUUUCAUCGAGGAGCAACAGGCACAGCAGCAGCUGAUCGUGGAACAGCAGGAUGAGCAGUUGGAGCUGGUCUCUGGCAGCAUCGGGGUGCUGAAGAACAUGUCCCAGCGCAUCGGAGGGGAGCUGGAGGAGCAGGCAGUUAUGUUGGAUGAUUUCUCUCACGAGUUGGAGAGCACUCAGUCUCGGCUGGACAACGUGAUGAAGAAACUUGCAAAAGUAUCUCACAUGACCAGUGAUCGGCGCCAGUGGUGUGCCAUCGCUGUCCUCUUCGUGGUCCUCUUGGUCGUGCUGAUCCUCUUCUUAGUGCUGUGACAGCGGGGCCCCCGGCUCGCCUCCUCCUGCCCAGGAACCUGAGGGGAGAGGGAGAAGCAGUGCACGGGGUGCCCGCCCCUCGCGUCCCUCGCCUGGAAACACAGCCUGCGCUGACUUUUCUCUCCGUGACCCCACCAUGGAGACAGGUCCUUCAGCCCAGCUUGGGGAGGGCCGGCGGGAAGAGGAAGUCAACGACUGCACACUCCUGGUGCCCCCUGGCCCUGAUCGGAGGACAGCGGGCCCUGCUUUGCCCCCCUGGACCUCGCUCCCCCUGGAGGGCCUUCGAGGAAUCCAGAAAAAUUCGCAGACUCGGCUCGUGUUGGCUGUUGCUCAUUCCAUCCGUCUUGGCAGCUCCCCGCCACAACCCCCGCUCAGACCCUUCCCCCGCCAGACAGCACGCGCUGGCCCAUCCAGAGGCAUCCAUCGGGGAUGCGGGCCCCUGGGUGGGUUUCACAUCCUGUCGCGGCAGCGUCCCUUUGCCCCUGAAAGCUGGCGGUUAGUGGGGACAGGGCUCAGAAGUACUUUGUGACAGAAGAUGCAGUGACUGGUUUUUCAGGGAUAAGUGCUAGGGUCAAGGUGCUUCUCCGAGCACAGUUUUUUGUGGUAGGAGUAACCAAUGGAAAAGAAUGAAAAGCACUGGGCUUUGGGGGUGCUGGCAACUUGUGGCUUGAAUUGAAGGGAGGACAGGGCAGCAGGACACAGCUGUAGAGCGCGGGUGAGGUCACCAGGGUCAGGCCCUUGCCGGAUUCAUGCCGCUAUCCUACCGCCUUCCUCCCUAUAGGUGCAAGUUGCAUUUCUAGAGUGACCCUUAGAUGAGCAGCUCACGUGAGUGGCCCGAGAUCCUGAGGGGGUGUCAUUGGCAGUUAUUUUAUUCCUGCAGCACUCUGCCUUGGGGGCUGGCGGGGGCAGGGGCGCACAUUGAUUACAUUUACUCAGAAACUGUAAUGUCAAAAAGACUAGUUCUGGACCAGAUUUUUCUUACCCUGUGAGUGAUUGCAAGGAUGGGUAGGUGAACUUGGUUCCUUUUUCCCUGAGAUGACAAUUCAGUUUUAUCAUCCAUUCAAAUAACUGAGCCAAUCCAAAUUUAAAUGACAGACACUUCAAUUGGGUUUUAGUAGCUGAAACUGCUGAGACACUAUACCCUUCAAGCUUCUGAUGACCUUUAAAAUGCCUGCAGUGUACACAUGUAUAUAGGAUAUUUUUAUAACCUCCCUGAUGAAAACCUAAUAUUGAAGUAGCAGCUGAACCCAGAGCCAGCACUUGGCAAGUGGAGGCUGCAUGUCUCUCCUCACUAUCUUUUUUGCACUUGGGAAGCACAGCAACAUCUGGGUAGAGUUCUAGCUUUGACUUCCAUCUCCCCAUCUCUUGGGGCCCACUCCUCAGCACGCUAACUUUUUUUUUCUUGUUUUGUAUCUUGUUUUGUUUGUGUUGGGCUUUUGUUUUCCGUGUGUGUGUGUGUGUGUGUGUGUGUGUGUGUGUGUGGUUUGUAAUGAUGUACUUGCCUAGCUAACCUUUGAAUUGCACUUUUUAAUAAAUAUUUGUAACAAUUUUUUAAAGAAGGGUAUUAUAUCAUGGUAGGUAAGGAAAUCUGCCUGUUGAUGAAAGCUAAAAGCAGGUUUAUAAAACUAAAAGGGUGAUUGACAUCCACGUUUACAUUCAACUCUAUGUGAUAUAUAAGUUAUUUCUUUUCAAAUUAGGGAAAAAAGUGAUUAUUACAAAGGGCUUCAGGUGUAGGAUACUAGAUUAUUUGUUUUACAGAGUUUUGAGACUUUGUUAAGAUAGUCUUCUACAAACUGAGGACAGGGCUGGUCCUUAGAUUUGCAUUAAAAUAUACACGUCUUUUUAAAUAUCCACGUGGACCUUGUCUCAGUACUGUAAUCCCCACUUUCCACAUGACACGAAGCAGCCGGCUUCUUGAUGAAUUACAGGAUUACCCUGUUUAAACGCCAUGCCAUUAUCUGGGCGUUACCAGAUUUACCGCACCCCCUCAAAACUGACGUGUGUCAGCAGGGCCUGUUGGGAACACGCUGGUCAUUAGUGAGUAAGAUUCUCCCCAGGCUUCAGGGACCAAGUUUUGUGACGCCGAGGCUUCAUUACUAAAUGUGUGGGGAUAUUUAGAGUCGGUAGGCUCGCUGAUUUAAGGUGUUUGCUAAACAGUGGCUAUUGUAGACCAGACUGGGCUGAAGCCGAAGAGGAAUCUGUUUAGAAAGAAAAAUUGCUUAAAAUCCCGUCACUACAGCAUUCUUCCUGUAGGGCCACGGCUCUUUCUGGCCUCGGAGGAGCCAUUCUCCGAUAGGCCGCCUCUUCAUGUGUUUGUGAGCGCCGCUUGGCCCGCGGUGUAACCUCCGGCCUACGUGGCCUGAUCCUGGGACCCACCCUGUUGUACCAGGAUUGAGCAGUCACUACAGACCAGUGUUCACUUGAAGACCACGCCCACCGCCCAGUCAGACUCCAGACUGGCAGAGAGAGCAUGCCAGGGGCUUAGGUUUCCUCAUCAGUGAUCCUGAUGCUUUGGGUUCCUUGCAAGUGGUCCCGACCCUGAGUGGUGGACUUGGGGGGGGGCGGAGUGGAUGCCCGCGACACCCCUACAAGGCUUAGAGGCACUUCCUGUAGCCGUGGGGCUUUUUCCCUCCUUCAGCCUCUGUUCUUCGCGCUAUACUCGUCAUUGCUAAAAAAACUGGCAGAAUAUGGCGGAUAACAGAAAGAGCUCGAUUUCUGUUUAUUGGAAGAGCAUUUCUCAUCCACUGGUUUCGUGAGGUGGGGUGUAGAAUGGGGGAAUGAACCACGGAGAGCGUUUGCCAGAGUGGCACUCCAGCUGGAAAACCGAAAUACCUUUAGUUUUUAGUCCUGAUUUUUGAUCUUGUCUUUGUGAGAACUGUGAAAAAUCACAAUGCGCUCUGUGUGCCGCUACUGUGUGGCAAUUGGAAGUCACAGCAUGUAUGUUACAUGAGGAUCUUCACGCCAGAGCGGGGGGAGAAACUUGGUAACUUGCCCAUUAUUCUCUGCUUUUAGCCAGAGUUAAACAGACUGAUGGGUCUGGUAGCCAACAACUUGGCAACUUCCACUCCUUCUCACCUCGUGAGAUUAAGGGCUGCGAAGAAAAAUGUAGUCUUAACUCCAGCAGAAAUCUGUCUCUGCUAAGUGUUUUACCUUCUGUAAGUGAAGGUGGCACAGCCAAGAUUUCUCUUCUGGUAAUUUCCCUGUUAAGUGAGACCAUUACCACCUUUCUAGAGAACUCAUAGCAUUUGAAGAUCUCAAAACAACUGAUAAAUAGGAGUUGCUUUCCCACUCUGGAAUUUGGACCAUUUGGCGUUACCUUGUACACAGGACAAAUUUGUAAACAAAAUUCGGACUGUCUGGAAAGCUGAAGUUCUAAAAUACGGAACGCACUACCGCCAAUGCUCCCUCUUCGUCUAACUCUCGUUGGCAUUUCUUCCACUCCCAGGUUUUUUAAGAUUUUUUUUUUUUUUUUUGAAGACUGUUCUUCGUCGAUCAAGAGCAGAGGGAAGGUGAAGCCAGAGGGUCCUCAGCCCCGCAGUCAGGUGGCACUGUCCCCGACCACAGUUAGGACACGAGGACAGGGCCCGGGGCAGGGCCCCGAGGGGCCGUCAGGUGCAGCAGCCUCUUCCUCCAGGGCCCCUGCUCCUGCUCGAGGGGCAGCUUAGCUCCCGGGCUGCCCUGGCAGGAGGAGGUAAGACUCUGUCCUGCCCAGCUGCCCGUACCCAGCUCCCAUCCUUUCCAGAAUAUGCUUGUGCUGAAAACAAGGAGCUCCUGUCUUGCAAGGCCCGUGUCUGUCUGUUAUCUAUAAAACAUGGGUGCCACCCCACCAUGUCUGCCUGAUAAAACACACGGAGGCUGCUGUCGAGGCCAGAACCCCAGGAGAAUUCUUAGUAGAGAGGACAGCCCUUCAGAGCCUAGGACAGCACUGCUGUGAACCUGAAGACUGAAGCCGGGUGCCGGGCCCCCCAGGCUGGGGCCGAAGCUCCAAGCUAGCAGACUUCUGGGGUGUUAGCGUCCCUGACGGUAGCCUCAGAAGGACUUGUGGUCACUUAGCUCAGUAGUCCUCUUGUUUGAGUUGAAACACUUUCAGCUCCCGCAGCAGACAUGGGAGUCAUUGGGUGGCUUGCCGUCCAGACUUGGCACCGGGGAGCCUGCACCCCGUCUGGACCAAGCUGACCUCAGUGACAUGAUGUAGGCUGGUAGUGGCUUGUCACGCUCCCCCCUCAGCCCAGCCACUUGAUGUCUUUUGCUUUUGGACAACCACUGGCGCUCUGGUCACGUUGCUGUGAUCUCCAUGCGUUGAAAGUUCUUUGUUAUAUGAUAUUAUAGUCUCUUUACUACAACAGAAGCUUGGGGAGGUGAGGGAAAAAGAAAAAGAACUUGGUUUCCCUCUGACAUAAGCUAAUGUGUUGGCGCUGUCUUCCUUCUGAUGUGACCUUUGUCCAGAAGUGUCCUUCCCCGAGGCCGUGCAGAUGGGAGCUGUGCUUAGACAGUGAUUGUCCAAUCACCUGCCCUACUGCUGGGGUUUCACAUGAACAUUUCAUGGUCCUGGUUUGCCAGCUACAGCCAGACACUUUGUGAGAAAGUAUAUUUUACCUUUUUUGUUUCUUUAAAGGUUAUGAGUUAUCAAACCUGGAAGCCACUUGAUUAUCCAGGGGUGUUAGAAAUAAGACCACCUGGCUUUGCUGUCCGCUGACCACAGCUCUUGAGCCUGUUCCCUGGCGGCAGCCCAGCACUCCACUCCAGCCCAGCCUUCCGUCAGCCCAGGGGUGGGACCAAGUUCAGGGCGGUUCUUUCUUGCUCUGCAGAAAGUAGGUUCUGGCCGAGACGCUGCUACUGAAUGGGAAUUGUGACGCCACAGUUAGUCGGUUCUGGGAGAGACAGCCGUCCUAAUCCUCAGGAAGAUAGUGCGUCUGUGCCCUGUUGUCUGUGCGAGGUGAGGAGAGGCCAGGCAGGUGUCCCAUUAAUAAGUUAUUGGAACUGCUUUAAGUGCCAUGCUAUGACGUCCUGGCUGACUCAGGCUGGGAGAAUGCUCAGGGUUGGGGGGUGGCCUGGAAACCCGGAAAGGGCCAAAGAAAGCAAGCUGUAAAUGAUGAUGGAUUUGGUUUUUGUAAGUGGAAGUAAGCUUUCACUGGUUCAUUUGUAGUAAAAAAUUAAUGUAAUUAAAAACAGAGUGUGUAAUACGUGGCAGUGCUCAGCAGGACUAAACCAUUGUUUUUUUCUUUCAAGGAUAAAUAACCUUACGGCGUUUUAUUUUUAAUUAACUAGAAGGUACAAACAAAAGAAGUGAGAUCAGGGAUUAGAAAUGCAAACGCCGUGGUGAUUUCCAGAUGGUGCUUUCUCCCCGCACCCCCCAACACGAGAACAGUGCCAGAGCCCUGGUGCCAGCAGUUUACAGCCCCGCUGUGGGGCUUCCUGUAUGCAGUGGGUCUCCAAGUGUGGUGUGGGACCAGCGGCGGUGGCAUCCCCUGGUAACUUGCUAGAAAUGCAGAUUCGCGGGCCCCGCCCCAGACUCACAGACUGGGGUGGGGUGAGUGGGCUGUUUAACAAGCCCUCCAGGGGAUUCUGAUGCACAGUCAGGUGUGAGAACCACUGCUUCUGCACUGUGGAAUUUAGGCUGCAGUAAACCACCCCUGUAAAAUAAAACAGCUUCAUGGCCUUCAUUGUAAUCCUGACAUUAAACAAAAUUUGAUGACCCUAUAAACUUGAAAACUUAAAAAAAAAAAACUUGUGUUUAAAAAGCCUCAACUAGCCAUCCUUAAAAGUGAUAUUUUUACACCCUGAAGUUUAUCAGUAAUGUUUCUUCUACUCUUGAAAUCAUGUUACAACUGUAUAAAGACUACUGUUCAGUAUUAAAGAGAAAUGGAGAGACCAUGA